UAGCAAGAUGAAGCUCCUCUGCUGCAUCCUCUCGCUUCUCCUCCUCGCGUCCGUGGAACCAGCCAUCUCUUCCCUCGGGCACUUCGACAAAAUCUUCAGCUUCGGCGACACCUUCGCCGACACCGGAAAUGGCAGGAUCAUGAAUGCCAAGAACAAGGUCCCAUUCGACCCCACUGCCAAGCUUCCAUACGGCCAGACGUACUUUGGCAACGCCACGGGCCGCAGCACCGACGGCCGCCUCAUCAUCGACUUCAUCGCACAGAAGCUACGGCUGCCGUUGCUCACGCCGUCCCUGGCGAAGGACGGAGACUUCACCCAUGGUGCCAACUUCGCCAUCUCCGCCGCCACGGCUCUCAACGUCAGCUUCUUCAAAGAUAUCCCGAUUGCAGGUAUGCUUGCUCUGGACACCACCAUGAAGGUGCAGCUGCAGUUGUUCGAGUCGCUCAAGCCUUCGCUGUGCAGCCCUGCCGAAGCAUGCCCGUUGGACUUCUUCGACAAAUCACUCUUUUUCAUGGGAGAAUUUGGUGUCAACGAUUAUAGCUUCUCGAUUUUGGGAAUGCCCCUGGCGGACGUUUACUCCAUUGUCCCAAGCGUCGUCGGAAACAUCACCGAGGCCACCAAGAGGCUAAUCAACCACGGGGCGAAGACUGUGGUCGUACCCGGGAUCCCACCGUUGGGAUGCACGCCACCGAAUUUGUUCUUCUUCCCUAGUACCGACCCGGCAAGCUACGAGGAUGACACCGGGUGCCUGAAGGACUUCAACGACCUAGCCAAGCAUCACAACACCCAGCUGCAGGAGGCCCUGGAGAUCGUUCAGACAAAUAACCCAAGCGCCCUGGUCAUCUACGCCGAUUUCUUCACCCCAGUAAUCAGAAUGGUCAAGUAUCCUUGGAAAUUCGGGCUUGUCUCAGAUGUCCUGAGCUGCUGCUGCGGUGGAGGUGGGAAGUACAACUUCAACAUCAGCGCCGGUUGUGGCAUGCCCGGUGCGACAGUGUGCGACGACCCAUCUCAGUAUUUAUAUUGGGACGGACACUUCACGGAGGCGGCCCACAGAGUAAUCGCCAAAGGCUGGCUAAAGAAACUAAAGGUGCACAAUCACAUUAUAGACGCGGCCUACCGCUACCUGAACAUUGCCAAAGACUCGUCGUAAGCACCUGGGCAAACCCUAGCUAGCUAGUAGCUGUAAAGGGGUUAUAAUAAAAUGGGAUCCAUCAUCGAUGCAUGGAUUUGUAACCAUCUAGUUAAACACGUACCUGUGUUGUACGUUUCCUUUUUUAUGAACACUUUCUAAGUGGCCAAUAAAUAUGUACCUUGCUUUCGGAGGUGCUGGGUUCAUAAGAGGAUUUUUCAAUGCUUGAAAUGUUGGCA